UCCCCAUCUAUAUGGGAUACUGGCAAGCAGGAAAGCAACACUGCAGCAGUUUCCGAGUGUCACCAAACCCCCUUCUCCUGUUUGUUGAAGAUUAGUCUUCGGAGUUGAAAGUAGAAGAACAAGAGUGAGAAAUGGCCGGACAUGAAGAGUUCGUGGAGGCAGAUAACGCUGAAGCUAUCAUCACAAGAAUCGAACACAAGUCCCGGAAGAUCGAAAGCUUGCUCAAACAGUCUAAACCAGUUGAGGCCCUCAAAACAGCUCUUGAAGGAUCACCUCCGAAGACCAGAGAUGAGAGAUGCAAGUCUGCAAACUGGAUAGUUGUGCAUCGUGCAAUAAUGGCUAUAAAAGAUGUCGAUGGGAUGUUCUCCUCUUUGGAUCCCGAGUACUACGACAUCCUCAUGAAGUGGACAGAACUGGAGCAUAUUUGCAAUCUUUUUGACCGUACAACGUUCAGGUGGCCAAAGAUAAGAGGAAGAGUUUUGUGGAGGUGUGCUAGAGCUGCUUUGGUGUGGACUGUGUGGGAAGAACGAAAUGCUAGAGUCUUUAAUGACAAGGAGAGGGAUUAGACAUGUGUGUUAGAAAGUAUUUUAUCUAGGGCCAUAAUCUGGGUAAAAUCCUUGGACCUGUUCUCAUCCUACUCUUUUGAUGAUAUAAGUAGGAAUUUGAAGCCUCCUGAUGUAGGUUUCAUUAAAUUAAGUUUUGAUGGCAGUAGUUUGGGCAACCCGGUGCCAUCUGGAAUAGGGGGAGUCUUUAGAAAUGCUGAGGACCAGAUUGUAGCUCUAUUUUCUGGUCCUAUAGGGAUGGGAGAUUCAGUCAAUGCAGAACUCCAAGCUGUGAUACAAGGAGCAGAAAUUGCAUUAGAGUUGGCAGUGGAGAUGGCAGCCUGGCCUUAUAGGGGGGCUUUGAGAAGAUUUAAGUGGCUAACAUUAAGUCUCUCAGUCACAGUUCAAUGGGAAAGAAAAUCGGCAAAUGGGCUGGCAGAUUUCCUAGCCAAACAAGGAGUACAUAGGAAUC